AUGUCGAGACUCGCAAGAAGAGGGCAGGACGUCAUAAAGGGCUCGUGGUCCGAGGCCGAGGACAACCAGCUCCGCCACCUCGUCGAAGCCUGCACAUGCAACUGGUCCGCCAUUUCUCAAAUCAUGCACGGCCGCUCCGCCAAGCAGUGCCGCGAACGCUGGGUUCAGAAUUUGCGUCCCGACAUCGACCACGGCCCCAUGACUCCACCCGAGUGCGCCUUCAUCACCGCCUGGGUCGACAAGAUCGGCCAGAAAUGGGCUGAAAUCGCCCGACGCCUCCACGACGAGGGCAUCGGCAACCGCAGCGACAACGCGGUCAAGAACUGGUACAACGGUACCCGCAACCGUCAGAAGCGCACCGCUGCUCGCCAGCAACGGCAGUCCUCGACACGAGGCCGCGCGGUGCCUCCGGCACCACUGAACUUGAGCCAGCCGCAGCGUGAGCUGCCUCCGCCCGUAAACGGCCAGGCUACGCCCACGACACCCGUCAACGGCGACUACGGCUACGCCGCUCACGCCUCUCACGCCUCCCACACUUCUCACCACUACUCGGCGUACCCCCGCCAUGCCGCCCAUGACCGCAGCCCCUCCGCCGGUCCCCAGCUACCGCCACUGCAGGACGCCCUUGCCCGUGACCGCAGCCACGACUGCUCCUGGCCGAACCCGUACUAUCAGCAGCCGCCAAUGGCCUUGCACAGCAGCACCAACGCCCCGUUCUCGCACUCGCACUUUCAGCAGCAGCAGCAGCAGCAGCAGCGUUUCUCGGACCGCCGCAACUCCGCCUACACCACCGUUGGCUCGCCCCGCAGCGACGCCACCGAGCACCACUACGUCCCGUCGCUGAUUUCGGAUGCUGGGUCGCCCCCGUCCGCCCGCGAGUCGCCCACGCACGCACCCGCUUCGCCCAACUCGGCCAUCCCGCCCAUGUCGACUCUGCCCGCACCCAACGCCAUAGCCGAGAAGGAAAUGGCCGCCCACAAUCUCCACAGCCUCCGCUACCGCCGGUCUUCGUCAUCCAUGGUUCGCUCCUGGAGCAGCCGCUCGGACGAGCAGUACCAGUACCUGCCGCUCCCGCAGCCGCAGAUCCAGAAGCCGCGCUUGCCGCCGCCUGUCCCCAUGGAGCCGUCCGUCUUGCCUGGUCGGCCCAGCAGCAGCGGACGUGCCAUGGACCUGAACAGCAUGCUCAACCUCUAG